AUGGCUGAAAAAGCUUGUGUGAAGCGCCUCCAGAAAGAGUAUCGAGCACUAUGUAAAGAACCAGUUUCCAACGUGGUCGCACGCCCUCUGCCGAACGACAUUCUUGAUUGGCAUUAUGUGUUGGAGGGAAGUCAAGGAACAGCUUUUGCAGGUGGAUAUUACUAUGGAAAAAUAAAGUUUCCUCCAGAAUACCCAUUCAAACCUCCAGGAAUCAGUAUGACGACUCCAAAUGGACGCUUUAUGACACAAAAGAAGAUAUGCCUGUCUAUGAGUGAUUUUCAUCCUGAGAGUUGGAACCCUAUGUGGGGCGUCUCAAGCAUACUGACUGGGCUCCUUUCGUUCAUGGACUGCAAACGAGUCGAGUCGAGCAUUGGCCUUAUCGAGCAGAAUUAA